UUUGAGGACUACAUCUAGUUCAUUUUCUGCGAUGGCUGCGAGGGCAUCACGGACGCACCAACUAAGAGGCGGGAGGCCACGACCGGCAACGAGACAGGGGCGGCAUGGUGCCGUUGCCAAGGGGGCCAGCCUCUUUACGCUCACUUCUCUUUUCUACCUCGUCCUCUGCGCCUGCGUGACCUCGCCAGUGCACGGCAUCAAGUUCGACCUUGAAGCAGACACGUACCCCACGACCAAGUGCAUCUGGAACUACGCCCUCGCCGACACGCUCGUCAUUGUCACCAUCAACUCGCAACUCGUCUCUGGAGACGCCAAUGACCAGCGGCUCGAUGUCGACGUCGUCGAUGGCAGCAAGCACAACAACAUCUACCUCUCCAAGCGCAACAUUCGGCAGGAGACCAGAAUGGCCAUCAACACACACAGCCACGCAGACCUGGGCGUGUGCCUCAAGAACACACUCGUGAGAAAAGGCAGCGCCAAGAGCCAUGUCCUCACCGUCGACCUGGACGUCGACAUUGGUGCCGACGCCGUCGACUACAACGCCAUCGCCAAUCAAGAGUCGCUUUCGGGCCUUGAAACGGAGAUGAGGAAGCUCGAGGCCGUCGCGGGUGAGAUCGUAAACGAGAUGGACUACCUCAAGAAGCGCGAGGAAAAGAUGCGGGGCACCAAUGAGUCCACAAACCAGCGAGUCGAAAACUUUGCCUGGGUCACCCUCUUUGGUCUGGUUGCGCUUGGUAUCUGGCAGGUCACGCACCUCCGGAGCUUCUUCCAGAAACGCUACCUGAUCGACAGCUGAAGAGCUGAGGGGGGACUCAUAUGUAAUAGCACACAACGGCAAGCAGCAUCUCAUUGUCUUUUUACACCAACGAUUGAAACGGAGGCAGAAGCAACAUGCUCUGACAGAUUAUCAUUUUGCGUGUUCGAGAGGAGGGGAAUUCAAGAUCACAGAGAAGUGCCUUUGCCCAGGCUGGCAAGGACAUCGUCGUUGAAACCCUUUGCAGACUCCUGCUGCUUUCGCUUGAGGAGCUCGUCGUUAAUGCCUGCAGGUCCAUUGAGGCCAUUGACAUAAGCCUGGGGCGACGUUGGCGCCACGUUCGAACCGGCAUUUUUCUUCGCUCGCCGAGCUUGCACGGCUCCGCGGAGCUUGUCGAGGGCCACGACGGUCGUCUCCCAGGCGAUACAGGCAUCAGUGAUGCUCUGUCCCCUCGUCAGACCCGAAGGACCAUCGGC